CCCGCGGGCACUCGGCGCGCUCCCCGGGGGUCGUCUGCGCUGGGAGCCCGAAAGUUCUUUUGGUUUUGUGUUUUUAUGCAGAUGUAUUUAUAAAGACAUAAGUAAUUUUUUUUUCUUUUUCUCCUCUUGUCUCCACCGCCUUAAAAGCUAGUACUUUUGGCAAAGGACGGAGGAAAAAGCUCCGCAACAUUUUGGGGGGAGGUUGGAGUUUUUUUAUUUUUUUGUUUUUUUUUAAGAAAAAAAAAAUUGAGUGCAUCGCGAUGGAGAAAAUGUCCCGACCGCUUCCCCUGAACCCCACCUUUAUCCCGCCUCCCUACGGCGUGCUCAGGUCCUUGCUGGAGAACCCGCUGAAGCUCCCCCUUCAUCACGAAGACGCAUAUAGUAAGGAUAAAGACAAGGAAAAGAAGCUGGAUGAUGAGAGUAAUAGCCCGACGGUCCCCCAGUCAGCAUUCUUGGGGCCCACCUUAUGGGACAAAACCCUUCCCUAUGACGGAGAUACCUUCCAGUUGGAAUACAUGGACCUGGAGGAGUUUUUGUCGGAAAAUGGCAUUCCCCCCAGCCCGUCUCAGCAUGACCACAGCCCCCACCCUCCGGGGCUGCAGCCGACCUCCUCAGCGGCCCCUUCCGUCAUGGACCUCAGCAGUCGGGCCUCCGCACCCAUUCACCCUGGCAUCCCACCCCCAAACUGUGUGCAGAGCCCCAUGCGACCAGGCCAGCUGCUGCCAGCCAACCGCAAUACUCCGAGCCCCAUCGACCCCGACACCAUCCAGGUGCCCGUGGGCUACGAGCCGGACCCGGCCGACCUCGCCCUCUCCAGCAUCCCUGGCCAGGAGAUGUUUGACCCUCGCAAACGCAAGUUCUCCGAGGAAGAGCUGAAGCCACAGCCCAUGAUUAAGAAAGCGCGCAAAGUCUUCAUCCCAGACGACCUGAAGGACGACAAGUACUGGGCGCGGCGCCGGAAGAACAACAUGGCGGCCAAGCGCUCGCGCGAUGCGCGGCGCCUCAAGGAGAACCAGAUCGCCAUUCGCGCGUCCUUCCUGGAGAAGGAGAACUCGGCGCUGCGCCAGGAGGUGGCCGACCUGCGCAAGGAGCUGGGCAAGUGCAAGAACAUCCUGGCCAAGUACGAGGCCCGGCACGGGCCCCUGUAGGCGGGCGGCGGGCGGCCGCGGCCCGGACAGGCCUUCACCGCAGCGACCGACCUUUCCGACAUCAGCACUUUACCAGACGCAGCAACACGACGGACUCACGUUUUGGGGUGUGCGUGCGUGCGUGCGUGCGUGCGUGUGUGUGUGUGUGUGCGCGCGCGCGCUUGUG